UUUGUCAAAAUGUAUAAACGUGUUUGUAUAUGAUGUCAAACAAUGAAAGUUCUCUAAUUGUAUGUUUGUACCUAUAAUAAAAACUCCUCAAGUGUUUCAUUGUUUUAAUUGUAAUCUAUGUGUGGGUAUUUCUGGGAUGAUGACCAAUGUUUAAUCCCAGCUCUAUGAGACCUUUUCAAGGUCUGGGAAUGGAACUAUGAACAUGUAUCUGAUCCGGUAACUAUUUUCUAUCUUACUUCUCAGUUUCUAUUUUUCUAGUUUUAUAUGUUUAAAUUAACCAAGUAUUACAUUAGAGUCUACCCCUUCACUUGAAUGCUUAUGGCAUGUUUAUCCAGAUGUUUUUGACAAGUUUAUCUAUAAUUCUCUAUCUUGUUGAUUCUUGUAAAAUUUCUUUAUUUAAAUAGAGUAGCGAAAGUGGGUAGCUAAAAUUGCGAGUGGGAUAUAUGGUACUUCCGAAAAGUGGGUAGCUAAAAUAAAAUUAAAAAAAAUAUAUAUAUAUGGAAAAAUGGGACUCUUUAAUUGAAAUUUAGCUAAACUUUGGCUAGUGAAUGGUGUUAUAUUAGAUUAACAGUCAUUUUAAUUGUGGGAUGAUUUAAUUAUGUAAUUUUUUUUUGCAUGUGCAUACAAACUCUCCUUAUUAAUGAUAGAUAGAGUUAGAGUAUCAAUAUUCAAACUAAGCGUCAUAUGCUCUAAUCCUACGUUCCAUUUAUUAAUUAUUAUACCAAUUGUUUAAGUUAAUCGUUAAAAUCUUAUUUUAAUAUUCUCAUCAAGUGUUGAUCUAUAUUUUCUCUCAAUAAAUAAGACUUGAAUAUGGGAUUUUAACUUUUAGAUGGGAGGUAGACAAUAGAAUUAGGAUUUAAACCUAAGAAUGUGUGCUUUGAUAUAACGUAUAAAUGUGUAUUUAGGGUGUUCUUUUGGACGUUUUACGGAUACAAUCCCCUUGCCCGGAUUGCAGGGAUUCCCUGCAAUUGUGAGAUUUCGAGCGGUGCUCAAGCAUUAGGGCCUCUCAUAAUUGUGGGAUCUCGAUCACGUUUUACGGGGUUAAGUUUGGUAAUUUGUCAAUCACAAAUUCUUGAAUGGUAAAAACGACUAGCCUAGUCGGCCAAACAUGACUGGAACUGUUCUGGUACACAGUUUGAGAAUUUUUCUGUCGGCUGAUUCGGAGGCCCUGUUCAAACACGAGAGCUCAGUUCUCCUCUUCCUCGAUUUUGGGGUUUUCUUUUCAUUUCAUAAUGAGCCCAACAGCAGUGAACAUUCCUUUUUUAAGAUGUCUUUUACUAUGCAUACCUGCAGAUUGCAAGACCACCAUCUGUGAGAGCAGGAUAUAUGUGAUAUAGGAUGAAUUAUUCUUUGCUGAGAACUUUGAACUUAAGGAGUUAGGUCUGCAAUUGAGCAUUAGAUUGCAAUGGAUAAUGACAAUGCUGAACACCCGUCUCCAACUCGACCCAAAUGGAGAAAAGUGGCAUAUGGAGGGAUGCAACCUGGAUUUGAUGACAAUCACACUGGUGAGUCAUUCCUUGAAGACAUGGUCAUGAAUGCCAAUGUCGUCAAACGGGACAUGCUAAAAGUGAUGCAAGACUCGGUUUCCAUUUCCGAGUAUCUAUGCAUUGUUGCCCUCGUUGGCUUGGUUUGGACUUAUACCCUCAGAUCAAAUCUUAAUGAAACUUCCCUCUUGUAUCUUGAUGUGAGCCUUCUUGGAUCAGGCUUUCUAGUUCUGCUUUUAACCGAAGAAAUGCUUUCCCUCAAUCUCCUCUUGCAUUAUUUCCUUAACAUUUCGUUUUUCACAACUGGGUUAUUUGUUUUGGCUCCCAUCUACCAAACUCUGACAAGAUCCAUUAGCUCGGACUCUAUUUCGGCGGUAACCGUUUCGCUUCUCGUACUCCAUCUAUUCCUUCAUGACUACGCAGGAUCAACUGUAAGAGCUCCUGGGGCACUGAAGAAUCCAACCUUGACCAGUUUUAUUUCUCUAAAUGCUUCUAUUGUGGCCUCGGUUUUCAUGGCCUCUCGCCUUCCUUCGAGGCUACAUGUUUUUGCUAUCAUGUUAUUCUCCUUGCAAGUCUUCCUUUUUGCUCCACUGGUCACUUACUGUAUCAAGAAAUACUCCUUCCGGUUGCACCUUUGCUUUUCUUUCAGUUUGAUGGCUGUGACCCUGGCUUUUGUUUACACGCUGCAUGGGUUGCUUUUUGUGCUGCUGUUGGGUCUAUUGGUUUUUGUGACUGUAGUGUGUCCUUAUUGCCUUAUACGACUUCAAGAAUACAAGUUUGAGAUUAAUGGCCCUUGGGAUGAGGCUAAGCUUUGUUUUGAUAUAACGGAUUGAGAUCAUUAACGCUAACCUUUGUAUGGUGGACUUUUUCACGACUUAUUUGAAUAAUGACUAUCCUGAUUUCUUCUCUUCA